AUGCGUUUCACGGCACUGGUCUCACAUAUCCUCUCCGCGCUCCUCGUAGUGCAAACCCCAACACCAGCUCUCGCCAUCCCGACAACCCGCCAAUCCGGAAGCCUAGCCUUCCUACCCGACAACUCUCUCUUCGCAUUUUCCUAUUCCACGCCAAACGCCGACGCAAAGAACUGGAUCGGCAUCUACCGCGCCUCCGGCGGCGGACCCGAGAACCAGACAUUCGUGGAACCGUCGCUGGUCUGGGGGUAUGCGCCCCAGUCAAAUGGGACGCUCAAGAUUGACAAUGGGGGGUUGGUUCCUGGCGAGUACCGUGCCUACUUCCUCGCCAAAGACGGGUAUGCGUGGCUUGCGCCGCCGGUGGACGUGAGGGUGCCGUAUGCUCCCGGGCCGGUUCAGUUCCUCGUUGACGAAGUUACGCUGAGGAACGCGCGUGUCGGAGACGGGUACGAGGCGCGGGUUGAUGGGUUGAGGAGCGGUGGCGGGAGUGCGUCCGUGAGCUUUCGUAAAGUCGAGGGGAGCGAAUGGGUCAAGGUCUCGGAGGCGGGCGUCGUAUCUGGCACGCCUGACGUCGCGAGGCCCUCUCACAUCACGAUCGAGGUAGCCGUCGCAGCAGCAGCGGCGGCAGCAGCGGAUGGAUCGUCUGCGCGGUUGGACGUCACCAUCCCCGUCCGCCCCAUCGGCGCACCGCUCGUGGACGAGGUAUCCGUCAUGUCUUUCAAUUUGUGGCACGGCGGAACGCAGGUAUCCGAUUACCACGCCAAACAAGUGCGGUUCCUGGCCUCGAGUGGCGUAGAUGUCGUCGGCGUACAGGAGAGCACGGGAGGCCAUGCUACGCGGCUGGGGGAUGCGUUGGGGUGGUAUUCGUGGCAGGGCGGCGACGUUGGGUUUGUGAGCAAGUAUCCGCUCAAGGACGCCGCUGCGCACGAGGGCGGGACGUAUGCUGCGUCCGUAAGGGUUGUGCUCGAUGGUGAAGGGGAGGAGGUUGUGUUGUGGAAUGUGCACCUGGGGUAUGACCCAUACGGACCUUACGACUUCUGCUUCGACAACAUGACGGUGGAGGAGGUGCUGGCGCGGGAGACGGAGUCCAAGAGGACGCCGCAGAUCGAGUCUGUCGUCCGGGCCAUGGCGGGGCAGCUAGCGGAGGCGGAGGCGGUGCCUGUGAUGUUGGUGGGUGAUUUCAACGCGCCUUCGCAUCUGGAUUGGAUUGAUGCCACGAGCGGGAUGCACUGCGGACAAGGGGUCAUGCCGUGGCCUACGUCGGUUGCGCCGACAGAGGCCGGGUUGGUUGAUUCCUAUCGGGUUGUGUGGCCAGACCCCGGGGCCAGGCCGGGGGUUACGUGGUCGCCUAUCUUCUUGGAGAAUGAGGGAAGGCCGGAGCCGAUGGAUAGGAUUGAUUUUGUGUAUUUCCGGGGCGGGAAGUUGGAGGUUCUCGGGUCGGAGGAGGUUGUGGUGGGGGAGCCGGCGCCGGAGCCGGGGCACGGGGGGAAUGAGUGGACUUCGGAUCAUGCUGCUGUUGUGACGAGGUUUAAGAUGAAGAGUUAG